AUGGGCACUGGAAAAACCAUCCUAAUUAACAAUGUGGUCAGGCCGUGCCAUAAUGUUGUUUGCCAUUGCACUCUAUGCAGCAGAAACUCCUUAGGAUACUCUUUGGUAUCAGGCAGAACUGCUGAGCGUCAUAUUGUAAAAGAAAAACUUGAGAGAGUGGAGAGAUCUGAUGCAGCUGAAAGAUUUGCAAACUCUGUGCAAGAAGAAGAAAUGAUGGACGUUGAUACUCAGUACAACCAGACUGACUCAACCAAUUCGAAUGCUGCCAUAAUGGCUGAUAAUGUCUCGGUUGAUGAUGAAAUCAGCGAAGUCAAUGACAAUGACUCCGAAAGCAAUGACAGCUCUGAAGAAGAAGAUGCUGAAACAGACAUUGAAGAGCUCAUUGCCAAAGACUUUUUUGCUGCUUCCAAAAUUCCUGCAAACCCUGUUCAUCAGUUCAUUGCCACCUUUACUGUCCUGUUUGCUUCGCAUUAUGUUAUCAACAAAGGUGCUGCUGUGUUGAUUGAAUUUGUCAAUCAGUUAUUGAAAAUUUACGGCGAAGAUUUUCAACUGCCAUCAAGUCUUUCUGGUCUGCAAGCAAUGACCGGGCUUUCUAACUUUGCUAAGAGCAUCAAGAAGUUUGUUGUAUGCCAAGACUGCUAUAAGGUUUACAAGCAAGAUGUGCCUCUCCCCACCAAUUGCGAUUUCACAAAGCAUGAUGCUAGAUCAACAUGCAGCUGUACAUUAAUGAAGGUCUCACCUUCUGGUGCCAUGGUAGCCAAGUGA